GUUGCAAGUGGAAGGUAACAAAGAAAAGGUGUAGACAUAUGAGAGAGAGAAGAAAGAGAUUGAAGACUAACCAAAACAAAGAGAUUAUGUAAUGUAAUGCAAUGGUGAAGAUUGUAGAGAAACAAGAGUUUUGAAGAAACAUCAACAAAAAAAAAAGUUAGUAUUUUUAUUUUUGAUGGCUUCUCUUUUACUGUAUGUAAUGUGAGUCAUGUCACUGCCCAUCACCUACCACUGAUAAUUCAAUGCCUUCUUCUUCUUCUUAGCCCCACCACCAUUCCCUUCUCCUCAGACUUUCAUGUGCUUCUUGUGUGUUCUUCAUUUCCCUCCAACUACACACAAUAAGGGCUCAAUUUGGUACCUUUUUUAGGUGGAUUUCAGAAAUUUCAUUUUUUUAGAUUGGAAAUAGAUACCCAUUUCAGCAUUUGAUAAAACCCAGGUAGCAAAAUUUGAUAUUUUUGAGGUUUUUGAAGAUGGGUUUCAGCUUGGGGUGUUUUAAUGGGUUCAUGUCAUUGAGGGUUUUGGGAGCAUUUGAGAUCUAGUUUUGGGUUUUCUUUAGAAGGAGGUGGAAGGAAUCUGUGGAAAGAUUUAUUUGUCAACAGCGAAAUGGCAUCGGAUCUAAAUUCCGGGUUGUCAAAGAAAACAAUUUUCGGAUUGAAAGUAUGGGUAUUAAUGGGAGUAAUGGUUGGAUUGUUCAUUAUAGUCAUUCUUGUGGUGCUAUCAAUAUGUCUUACUUUAAGAAAAAAAUCCAGAAGAGGAAGUGGAAGCAUGCUUCCUCUUGGCCAUAUUCUUUCUAUUUCAGAAGAUAUUAAAGAAAUUAGCGUCGAUCAAGUUUCAUCGAAUAGUCAUCCACGAAACGGUGGUUUUAUGAACUUCAAUGAUAAGCUUAGUGAUGGCGAUUCCGGAAAGGUUUUGAUCCAAACAAAGAAUGGAGAUAAUAGCAGUCAAUCAGGUUCGUUUAAUUGUAUAGAGAAAGAUCUGAAUGGCUCUCAGUCAGGUGAAGAUAGCGGUGGUUUUAGGAGCGUUUCGGUUUAUAGGUCUUCGUCACAUCCUAUAUCUGCACCGUCGCCUUGUUCUGGGCUUCCUGAAUUCUCUCACCUUGGCUGGGGUCACUGGUUUACAUUAAGGGACCUUGAACUUGCAACAAACAGGUUUUCAAAAGACAGUAUUAUCGGUGAAGGUGGUUAUGGAAUUGUCUAUCGAGGUCAACUCAUCAACGGGAAUCCUGUGGCCGUAAAGAAGCUCCUCAAUAAUUUAGGACAAGCUGAAAAGGAAUUUAGGGUUGAAGUUGAGGCUAUUGGUCAUGUGCGGCAUAAGAACUUGGUUCGGCUAUUGGGUUUUUGCAUUGAAGGCACUCACAGGUUAUUGAUUUACGAGUAUGUUAACAACGGCAAUUUAGAGCAGUGGCUUCACGGAGCCAUGCGGCAGCAUGGCUAUCUUACAUGGGAAGCUCGGGUGAAAAUUCUUCUCGGAACAGCCAAAGCGCUAGCUUACUUGCACGAGGCGAUCGAGCCAAAAGUUGUACAUCGAGAUAUUAAGUCGAGCAAUAUUCUAAUUGAUGAUAACUUUAAUGCUAAAAUAUCUGACUUCGGGCUUGCUAAAUUACUCGGUGCCGGAAAAAGUCACAUUACAACUAGAGUAAUGGGUACUUUUGGAUAUGUAGCUCCAGAAUACGCCAAUUCUGGCUUGUUAAACGAGAAAAGUGAUGUUUAUAGCUUUGGUGUAUUGCUUCUUGAAGCAAUUACAGGACGUGACCCGGUCGAUUAUAGCCGACCAGCAACCGAGGUAAAUUUGGUCGAUUGGCUCAAGAUGAUGGUAGGGUGUAGGCGCUCGGAAGAAGUGGUGGACCCCAACAUUGAAACUAGGCCAUCGACGAGUGCUCUAAAACGAUCCCUUUUAACUGCAUUGAGAUGUGUUGAUCCAGAUUCUGAAAAAAGACCAAAGAUGAGCCAAGUUGUUCGCAUGCUUGAAUCGGAGGAAUAUCCCAUACCUCGAGAGGAUCGAAGACGGCGAAGGAAUCAAGCAGGAAACAUAGAGGCAGAGAGCCAGAGGGAGAUUUCUGAUACAGAUAAAAGUGACACUCCAGAUUCUAGACAAAAUGGGAGAAGGAACUAACAAGUGAAGUUGCAAGUUUUGCAUUCUUUUGAGAUUCUGUAAGUUCCUUUGCCGCCGGCCGGCCACUUUUACAUUGAAACACGGAGCCGGAACCUGUAACUUUUGAAUGGUUUAUAAUAUAUAUACACGUAAUAUCUGUUGUUAUAACAUAGGUGUAGAUGUUAGAGUGUAGAUUUUUGUGUAUGAAUUGGGUUGGAAUGUGCUCCUUUGCACUAGUGGUGGUGUGUGUACAGUUUGAUUAUUACUAUUCUUUUCCUUUUGUAUUUUCAUUUGUUUCAUUUCAUCAUUAUGAAGGAACUGCUCUAUGGAAGAUCAUAAAAAAUGUACUUCAUCAUGUUUGUUUUUUUCUUUCCA